AUGCCGACGAUAGGACAGCGCAUGCACAAGCUGAAGAAACUCCUCGCAAUCAGACUCGGACCCGGCGCCGCCGUGUUACCCAAGGAUGUCAAGAAAAUAACCAUGCGCUUCGCGCCCAAGAUUGACGACGGCCACCGAGGACCCAAGAAGUUCUUCCGGACGAUGCUUCCGCGCCUGCAGUACCGCAACCCCGCGCUGCGCAUCACCGUCGACCGCACCGCCGCGCAGUCCGACCCGGCCGUCAUGAACAUCAUCUUCUCUUCCUCCUCUUCCGCACCCUCUUCCUCCACCUCCACCGAAGCGCAAUCGGCAACAACAUCGGCCAACCGCACCGUCACCAUCCAGAUGAAGCACAAGACGGAGAGCGAGAUCCUGCAGCAGCUGUACGAGGCCACGGGCGCGCAAGAGGUCGAGCCGACGGAGGUGGAGAAAGAAGAGCUGCAGGAGCUGAAGGAGUACGACGAGCGCAGCCGCAGGGACAGCGAGCGCCAGACCGAGGUCAACAGGCAGCGCAAGAGGGAGGCUGAGAUGCUGGCUGCGGCGAGGGGAGGCGUGGCGUUGAAUCCGUCGUAG